AUGUCUGACUUCGUUCUUGAUGCUGUUCAAGAGGGUGAAAACGAUGAGUUUGUUGAUGAGUCUUUGAAAGAGGAUAUGGAAAUUGAGCGGAUAAAGGACCGCCUCAAAGAAGUCGAAGAGGAUGCGAACAAGUUGCACAACCUGACAAAUGCAGACAAGUCUUCGAAAAACAAUCUCUCUACCAUGUCAGGAGAAGAGAAAGCUGAGGUUGAUUUACGUUCUAUCUACGUUGGGAAUGUCGACUAUGGGUCUACUGCAGAUGAGUUAGAAGCGCACUUUCGCUGUUGUGGAGCCAUUAACCGCGUUACGAUCCUCUGCGAUCGUUAUACUGGUCACCCAAAAGGUUUUGCCUAUAUAGAGUUUGAAAACGCAGAUGCUAUCGAAGCUGCAGUCGCCCUAGACGACUCAUGUUUCAGAGGUCGCCCGAUCAAAGUGAUGCCUAAAAGGACGAAUAUUCCCGGACUUUCAACAACUGUGCGUGGAUUUAGGCGACCUCGUCGUCGAUACAGCCCUUAUGGUCUUCGUCAUGCCUUUGGUAUGCCUCGAACAAGGACCUCUAGGUUCAGGCGACGUCGUAUUUAUUACGGUGCACCAUAUUGA